AUGAUACUGGUUCGAAUUCGAUGUGGACUUUUGUUAGAAGAUAUGGCUGUUCGAUUUAAUAUGUCGACAAGUCACAUAAGCAGAAUAUUGAUUACAUGGACAGAUUUUUUACAUUCACAAUUCCGUAUGCUUCCAAUAUGGGCUUCAAAAGAAACAGUACAAAAUAGAAUGCCGAAAUGUUUUCAAAAAAGUUACCCAAAUACCCGUGUCAUAUUAGAUUGUACAGAAGUAUUUGUGGAAAUGCCUACGUCAUAUCGCACACAGUCCAGUACCUUUUCAAAUUACAAACACCAUAAUACAGCAAAAGGAUUAGUCGGAAUAGCUCCUGAUGGAUCAGUGACAUUUGUCUCUGAUUUGUAUGGUGGACGCUUUUCGGAUAAACGAAUAACAAAAGAUAGUGGUAUAUACGAUUUGCUAGAGCCUGGGGAUUCUGUGAUGGCUGAUAGAGGAUUUGAGCUCGAGGAAGAUUUACCUGAUGGAGUAACAUUAAAUAUUCCACCAUUUUUAGAUGGAAAACCUCAGCUAAGUUUAUUAGAGGAAAACGAAACUAGAAGAAUAGCAUCUGUACGUGUACAUGUCGAACGAGCAAUCGAACGUAUAAAAAAUUACCGAAUUUUACAAACAGUUUUCAAACUAUCAAUGGCUGCUGAACUCAAUAAGAUAUGGGUUAUUUGUUGUCAUCUAGACACAUAUAUUGUCAUAGUAAUUGAAGAAGGCGACACUUUUGAUGUUGAUGUUUUAUUAGAUACGCAGUUCGGAUUCUCUUCCAUGGGCUUUUUUUCUAUCGAACAUAUUCUAGAAAUUGCUUCUUUGCAUCCUAAGCGCAAAGUAUUAAUUUUGCAGCUAUUUCCCUUGCGCAGAGAGAUUAUUAAUGCGAAAGCAUUAGCUGGUUUUCGUUCAAGUGAAUAG